AAAGCUGGCGGGAUCCGGUGUAACGGAGGGACGUGUCGUUGUAACGGGAGGGCUGCGGCUGUAAUACACUUGUGACUAACAUGACGGUGGAAAAGAAAGGGCUCCAGAUAAAAGAAGCCUUUGACCUGGCGCAGAAGGCACAUCAGAAUAUAGCGAAGCUGGUGUCUGCCCUGAGAGUCACUUAUGGCCAGAUGGAAGAUAAGUCCAUUUUCCUGGAGGAAUUCAGUCAUUACCUGAAGUAUCCUUUAAUAGUCUACAGGAGGGAACCUGCAGUAGAAAGAGUGAUGGAUUUUGUGGCCAAGUUUGUGACUUCGUUCCACAGCUGUGAGGAAGAGGACGAAAUGGAUGAAGAAAACUCCCCUGUGAAUUUCCUCUUUAACUUCCUCCUUCAGUCUCAUACAGCUAACAGCAUGGCAGUGCGGUUUAGAGUCUGCCAGCUCAUCUAUAAGCUGUUGGUAAACCUGCCUGAAAACGCUUUGAUUGACGACGAUUUGUUCGAUAAGAUACAGGAUGCCAUGCUUAUUCGCGUAACAGACAGAGUACCCAAUGUUCGGAUCCAGGCAGUGCUGGCUUUGGCCAGGCUUCAGGACCCAACUGAUAUGAGCUGCCCAGUUACCACUGUUUAUAUGCAUUUGUUGGAAAACGAUCUGAACGCAGAAGUGCGGAGAGCCGUGUUGUCUUGUAUUGCUCCAUCUGCCAGGACUUUGCCAAAAAUAGUUGGGAGAAUCAAGGAUGUGAAGGAGCUUGUGAGGAAGCUUGCGUACCAGGUUUUAGCAGAAAAGGUCCAUAUAAGAGCGCUGAAAAUUGCACAAAGGGUUAACCUCCUGCAGCUGGGGCUGAACGACCGAUCAGAGGCUGUAAAAGAAAUCAUGCAGAAGAAUCUCCUGCAGUCCUGGCUGAAGUACACCGAGGGGAAUGUCUUAGAGCUGCUGCACCGUCUGGAUGUGGAAAACUCUCCGGAAGUUGCUGUUUCUGCCCUCAAUGUAAUGUUCGCCCUAUCCUCUGUCAGUGAGCUUGUGGAGAAGUGUAAUAACAUUGAUGAAAGGAAACUGAUCCCCUUGGACAGUUUGGGUCCAGAAAAUGUGUUGUAUUGGAAGGCACUCUGUGAAUACUUGAAGUCAAAGGGCGAUGAGGGGGAGUCUGCGUUAGAAAAGAUUUUACCAGAGCCCGCUGUCUAUAUAGAGUAUUUGCUCAGUUAUCUUCGUACGCUCCCUGUUCUCACCGAGGAAGAGAAGGCAGACAUGGCGAAAAUUGAAGAUCUGAUGACUAAAACAUUCAUAGGCCAGCAACUGAUUCAUAUAAUAGGCUGCCUGGACACCAGUGAGGAGGGAGGAAGGAAACGUCUUCUUGCCGUCUUACAGGAGAUACUCAUCAUGCCUAAUGUUCCGACAUCCUUCAUAUCUUCUCUGGUGGAAAUCUUACUUAAUAUUCUGAACGACGAUGACCGCAGAAUUCUAACCGUAGCAGAAAUAAUUUCUGAGCUCCGAGAGCCAAUUGUCACAGUGGAUAACCCAGUAGACGUUGCCGAAUCUAGAAAACUCCAGUUAAAGAUUGCAGAUGUAAAAGUGCAGCUCAACGAAACCAAACAAGCUUUAGAAGAUAGCAUAAAUGCCCAAGACUUCAGCCGUGCCUCCGAAUUAAAGGAGAAAGUGGCAGAGCUGGAGAAAUUAAAAGCCCAACUGAUUAAAGAGGCAGAGGAGCCAGAACUUAAAGAAGUCCGUGUGGAAAAGAAUGACCCUGAAACUCUUCUGAAGUGCCUGAUCAUGUGCAAUGAACUGCUAAAGCAUAUCUCCCUCUGUAAAGGACUUGGAGGAACAAUGAAUGAGAUCAUUCAGUCGCUGAUCCUGCCAGGCAUAACCAAUGUUCAUCCUUCUGUGAGAAACAUGGCCGUCUUGUGCAUUGGAUGCUGUGCGUUACAGAACAAAGAUUUUGCUAAACAGCACAUGGCUCUGCUGUUACAGAUUUCCCAACUUGAUGAGGUCAAAGUAAAGACAAGUGCUCUGAAUGCAGUCAUUGACCUUCUUCUACUGUUUGGGCUUGACAUUUUUACAACCUCUAAGUUGGACGAAGCUGAAAAGCCCCAGAAUAAUCCCGAAGAGAUAAAUGAACCAGCAGAGACUGAAGAAGCGGACCCUAAUAAAGCGGAGGAGGUGGAAGCAGAAAAAGAAGUGUCAGCAGUGAAUGGCAUUUUAACACUGUUCUCCGAGUUUCUGGACAGUGAGAUUCCAGAAAUAAGGACAGAAAUGGCAGAAGGUUUGGCAAAGCUUAUGUUCUCUGGAAGACUGAUCAGUUCCAAGCUCUUAUCUCGUUUAGUUUUGCUUUGGUACAAUCCAGUGACAGAAGAGGAUACAAAACUGCGCCACUGUCUGGGGGUUUUCUUCCCCAUCUUUGCUUAUUCUUGUCGAACAAAUCAAGAGUGCUUUGCGGAGGCUUUCCUGCCCACCCUGCAGACGAUGUUCAAUGCUCCGGCCUCCUCCCCACUGGCUGAUAUUGAUGCUUCCAAUGUAGCUGAACUCCUAGUCGACCUUACAAGAUCAAGCGGUCUGAAGCAACAAACAAAUAAUUCUCAGGACUUUCAGAUCUCCACUGUUCAUGACAACCUGGCUCUAAAAAUUUGCAAUGAAAUAAUAAAAGAUCCCACGUCUCCAGAUGUUCGCAUAUAUGCAAAAUCAUUGUGUUCUUUUGAACUAUCGAAAGAAUUUGCAAAAGACCUGCUUCCCAUACUAGAUGUCGCACUGGAGGAUAUUACUGAUAAAGUUAGCUUGAGAGCAUUAGAAAAAGUGAAGAUGCAGCUGGGUAAGAAUCCAACGGAGGUGGAUGCAGUGUCUCAGGAAACCAAUGCUACUAAUGAAGAAGAGAGCAGAGAAGGCAAUCAGAAUGACAAAAACGAUGAUGUGUUUGAGGAACCAAAGACGGUGAAAGAGAAAGCUACCAGAGGUCGUAGAAAAGCAGCUUCUGUAAGCACCAGGAAGAAGAGCAGCAGGUCUGCGGAUCCCGUGGCUGGAGGGGAGGAUAAAGAGCCAGAGCCUGUUACAGUUUCUACAAGGCCAUCACGAAGAGCUAAAAGCAUAGCUAUGGAGAAAACAAAAAUGAAUCUUUGUAAGCUUCUCAAUGAAGAGGCAAAAUAACGUAUCGCUGUAAUAUUCAUGUAAGUCUACAGGGAAAUUGUAUCCAGGGGAAAAAUAAAAUAGCCACAUGUGUUCACAAU